AUGUCUGCCGUCCAGACUGAGCCAUCGCGGGUGCACCCGCGUCGUCGGCCUGUCUUAAACAACGCCCUUCCCACGCUGUCGAGCGACUCGCCUGACUCUAAGAUGCCUCUGAAGAAAGGAGAAACUUUCCAUACCCCCACUUCUCCUCCAUCGAGUGAUCACGACCCUGUCUUGAACUUCCGCUCCCUACCUCAUCGCUCGGCCACUUCGUUGGAAGCCCUCACUGUUGCCGAAGAGCGCAUGACUUCCAUCCUAGGCCGUCUGACUUUGGAAUCUACUGAAGACCAGACCCCUGAGGUUGCUAGCGGUGAGAGUUCGAUGGAGAGUGGGUUAGUGCAUGGUAACUCCAAGUCUAUGUCUAACUCCCCACGUUCCUCAAGUGAAGAGGGCCGCAGCAUUCCUAUCCCACUAGAUGAGAAAAAGGCCCGCCAAGAGCAUAGUCACGAGUCCGAUAGUGGACUAGGGACCUCUGUCAGCAGUGAAGAGGGACUGGCAGACUCGCAAAAUCAAGUGAAUAAUGGUAUUCAUGACAAUCAAUCUGCCAUUACAAGCUCUAUUUCGGCUUUUGAUACUGGUUCGUCACCAAAACGUCAAUUGGGCCCUGCCGCUUGCAAACAAAUUGAACGUUUUGUGCUCGUUCCUAUUUUGAAAGAGCCCCGCUUGAAACCAUUCCACCCACUGGUCCGAAGCGUUCCCCAGCGCAUUAUCAAUAAGCAGAUUGUUUGUCUGCGUGACCUCGAGAAAACCCUAUUGUGGUUGGCACCUAACUCCGCCACUUCUCGGAAUUCCUAUCUCAACUUUUGCGAGUUUACGAUCCAGUGCUUGCAUACUUCGACUUCGCAUCUCAACGAUCGUGACCAACGACUACCAGCUGAUCGACCUUACACUAACGGAUACUUCCUUGAUCUUGUUUCGCAGGUUCGAAGAUACGCAGCAAUGGUUCGUGCUGAGCGCAAGCGAGUCCAGGCGACUCGGGGCUCCGAGUCUAACAAGGAGUCUAACUCUUCUGCGUAUGUAACAUCCCAUUUGAUGGACUACGGAACCUAUCUAAUUCAAAGUAGCAUCCCGAAGGCUAUCCUGGCUGGUGGUCUGUCUAAGAAUGGGAAGUCUGCCGAACUUGUAAUCAUGCGAGAUGGAAAGCCAAUUUCCAUGGCCACGGGAAAGCCUUACGAGGCGGAUGCUUCUGGUGCUGCUAAGCGUACUAUUACUCUUGACGAUGCGGUCGAUGAGGGCGUUGAGCGCUCCAUGGCCCGCCGCAAGAAGGAUGCUCCUCCCAUGAACAUCAAUCAAAAGUGCGCCGAUUGCGACAAGGUCUUCAAGCGUCCUUGUGACUUGACAAAACACGAGAAGACACAUACUCGCCCCUGGAAGUGCGAGUACCCCGACUGCAAUUACCACACCAAGGGUUGGCCCACCGAGAAAGAACGUGAUCGGCACAUGAACGACAGACAUUCGGCCAAGCCCACCCUCUUCAAGUGUCAAUUCCACAAGUGCCCCUAUGCUUCGAAGCGCGCCAGCAACUGCAAGCAGCACAUGGAAAAGUCCCAUGGAUGGGUUUACGUUCGAUCAAAGAACAAUGGCCGCAAUGGCAGCACUAGCAGCAAGCGAGGCUCUUCUGUCCAGGCCACUCCUCAGACCCCCAGUGUCUCUACUCCUGCUUCGAAGGCGACCGACUUUGCCUCUCCAAUCCCUGGCCCCAGCCCUUCUCCUAGCGACCAGAACUACAACUGGCCUGAGAACCCUCAGUUCAACUUUGCAGACCCCCCACCGCUUGCUCAUGGGGAGGAUUUCCCCCUAUUCGGAGAAACAUCUCCCUAUCUGAUGACCGAUGUCAACUCAUUCCCAACUUCGGUGAACCUGAGCGGGUUCCAGAGUCAAUUUGAAGCCGGUGACCCGAACGGCUUGAUUCCGGCUCUGGAAAUGCACCGCCAAUCUAUGAAUUCCAUGUCCAUCCCAUCUGCCGAAUCGGUCCCCGACCUGAUGGGGCCUGUGUCCUUUGACGGAUCCCCACUCACCGGUACCGAAAGUAUCAAUUUUGACCUUGAUUGGAGCAAUCUGGACUAUCCAACCAACGAGGACUACACUACAAUGGCUGCGAAUCUCCCUCAGGGGCAUUCCCUCGAGGUGAUGAAGGGUUAUUCGAAUGAUUACGACCAAACGAACCUCAACUACUGUUCUUACGAUGCCUCCGGAAAGCCCUCCGGCCUCUCUCCUGGUGCACAGGGCAAUGCCAUGUUGUACUCACCGGAUUCUUGUAACGUGGGCGACACUCUUUCUGAGCGCUACGAAUACGGACUCCUGGCCCAGGCGGGCAACGACUUCACCCUCUACAACCAGAGCGCUCAGAUGGAUGGCCGUGCUCAGCCCAUGAUGCAAACUCCUAGCGACCAGUCAGCUCAAUACCAUCGGCCUCAGCAGCAGAUGUUCCCCUCUCUUGAGCACGAGCGCGUCCUACAGAGCAUGCAGCCUUGGAAUGGCCAGCAACCCCAGGGACACUAUCUGCCCCGCGACAUGAAGCUGGAAUACAUGGAGUGA